AUGUCCUCUUACUCCCUCGACGAGGGCGGCUCGCGCCUUCCAGCCACGCCUACGCUCUCGGCGCCCCCAUCAACGAACGGUAAGGCGGGGGGCAGCAGGGCCGGGCUGGUGCCCACAAACAACGUGACGACGAAGGAGGGGAUCACGGUGCGGACGAGGAUCGAGCCGAGCCUGGCGGUCGAGGACGUCAUCCGGCAGCUGUGCAUCAGCCUCAAGCUCAAGGACCCGCCCGCGAUGUACGCGCUACGGGACGAGAACGACGAGCUGGUGACGAACGAUAACAUGCGCAAGAAGAUCAAGGGGAAGGUGAACCUCAAGCUCGUGAACGCCCCAGCCAUCGAGGCCGCGGAGAUCGUGGAGAAGCUGUCCCAGCGGGAUGCGAGGCUCGGUCUCGCGCUCACGUCCUUGCGAAAGCUGAUACGAGAAGAGCAGUUCGCCAACGAGUUCCUCCAACGAGACGGCCUGCACGAGCUCAUCGACGUCAUCAACAGUUCUCACGGGAACAUCCUCGCUUACGCCCUCACUGCCAUGCAGAACCUGAUGGAGCUCGACUACGGCUGGGCGAACCUCGACAGCUCGUUCAUAUUGAAGGUCGUGCAGAUCCUGUCGUCCGAGCAGUCGCCCAUCAACGUCUGCCGUCCGGCGACGGCGAUCCUCAAGAAGCUCGUAGAAGCGGACCCAAGUAGCGCGUCCGGAGUCCACGCGCCGAGCACGAGCAGGGGUCCUCCGUCACCUCCGCCUGGGUCCGUGUACAGGUACGGUUUUGACGUCGUGUUCGAGCAGAUACGCAAGGAACGGCGGCUGCUAGAGACCGUUGUGAGUCGAUUGGGCAGCGCGGACACGACUAUGGCGCUCUACAGCAUGAUGUUGAUCAAUUCGUUGCUGGCGCAUGCGAGCGACCCUCGGUGGGACGAGUUCAUAGCCGAGCUGGAGCGACUCAAUGUCCGCAAAGCAGUCAUCCGACUCAUGUCAUCGCAUACCAUCGAGGAUCUCACGUCGUGCAUCCUGGACUUCCAGGCGAACGUGGUCCGAGUGACGUUCCGGAAGAAGACGACGCUCGUCGAGCCCGACUUCGAGCCUCUGCAGAGCGCCGCCCUGCAGUUCAUCUGGGAGAGGAGCCGCCUUCAGGAGGACCGCGAGGACGCGCUCACGAUGGUCAAGUGGCGGAAGCUCGGAUUCGAGACGGAAGACAUCGGCCACGAGUUCAGGGAAGUCGGCGUGCUUGGGCUGGAUUGCUUGACAUACUUCGUGGAAAGGGAUUUCGACUAUUGGGCGAAGAUAGUCCAGGAGCAGCUGAGCCGACCCGAGGAGCGGCGAUGUCCGAUCGCGAAGGCGUCGAACGAGGUGGUCGACUUGCUCUCGGAGCACUGGGCUAUUUACGAGCCAGGAUAUUCGACGUCGACGACGUUCCAGCCGUUCUUCCUCAACUUCUACAAAGUGCAUUCGUUGGCUCUCCAAUUCUUCCUGCGCAUGUGGAACGAGAGCGGGGCAUCCAUUGGCGACUUCCCUCGGCUCGUCGCCCUGACCCGAAGCCAAGUAAAGGUGGCGCUGAAGCGAGAGAACAUCCGCCCGUGGCAUGAGGUCGAGCAGGAGUUCCUCGAGUGCGAGUACCGCGCCGUCCGCGACCGUCAGAUGCAGGAGCUUGAGAUGGAGGACGACAUCAUGAGCAAGGUGCCCAUCCGCAACCUCCGUGCCAAGCUGUACAAGGAGUCUUUCGAGUUCGUCCGUCAGCAGCGCAUCCACUGUUUGCUGGAGGGUGCGUGGUUCAUGAAUGGCAUCCCCUUGGCCACCACUGUGCCUCGAGACACGCUCAAACGGCCAACACGUCCGUGGAGAUUCCUCCGGCUGGAUGCUGGCUUGAAGUACCUCCAUUAUGUCGACAGUGCCGUCAAAUUUCCCGUUCGGAAAGGUUUAGAAGACCUCCCAGAACGCAUUGAGAUCGCUAUGAUCAGUGAGGUUGCGACCGGGACCUGCGCACCUUUCCCACAUAUCCGCGGCGACCAGACCGAUGUCCCGCUAGGAGCGAACUCACCCCUCCUCGCAUCCAGCCUGUCCUUCUCCCUCCUCAGCACAAGCGGCGGCUCGCUCGCAGAUCAGAUCGCCCCAGAUCAGGCGCGGUGGGCAGACUGGACGGACGGCCUCAACAUGCUCCGGCGAGACGGCGGCCACGUCGCGUCGCAGGAGACGGAGCUCUUCGUCCAGGCGUUGACGGAGAUUGGGCUCAAGAUCAAGCUGCUCGACCUCUCAGGGGAAAAGGUCGAGAUACCGAGCGGCCUCGUGGCUGGCCCGCCGCCCAUGAACAGCGAUUUCUUCUUCUCAGACUUGUCGUAUGAUCCUCAGGCAUGA